UCAUAAAGUAAUCUGUAAUGGACUAACAUUUGUAAGGAAAAAAUAUAAAAAAAAUAUAAAAAUGGGGCAGCCACUGUUGCACUUUAAAUGUGAUGCAUUUGUUAGAGUAUGAAUGUAGGAUGUUAGAAUAUGCUGUUGGUUUUAUUGCAGGGCUGUUUUAUUGACGUUCACAAGGAGACAUGAGGAAGUGCAGCCCAUGGGUGUUUCUGCCUGUAAUGUUUUCUUUCUUCACAGCUGCUGGUCUCUGGGUGGUGUAUUUCAUUGCUGUGGAGGAUGAGAAAAUCACCCCACUCAGUGCAGAGUACAAGAGGUCAGAAUCGAAAUCUCCUCCAUAUAUCAGCAUCGCAGGCAAUGCUCCACCUGCCAGCUGUGUGUUCAGUCAAGUCAUGAACAUGGCAGCCUUUGUAGGCUUCAUUCUGGGAGUGCUGCGAUAUCUGCAGCUGAAGCCGAGAGUGCAUAAACCCUGGCUCAACAUCGGCAGUCUGGUGGCUUUGUCUCUUGCCUGCUUUGGUAUGACUUUAGUUGGGAAUUUCCAGCUGUCCAACGAUGAGGAGCUGCACAACAUUGGCACGUCCAUGACCUUUGGCCUAGGAACACUGUUCUGCUGGGUCCAGUCUUUCAUGACCCUAAAGGUCAACCUGAGGAAUGAAGGCAGGCGAGCAGGAAUCCCUCGCUUCCUGUUGUCCGGAGCUGUAACUUCCUGCAUGCUGCUUUACUUCACUCUGAUGGCUCAGCGGCUGCACAUGCAUGCGGCCCGUGCUCAGUGGGCGCUGGUCAUGUUCUUCCUGACGUACCUGGCCACGUUCGCCAUUGAGUUUCGCCACUACCACUUCGAGAUCGUCUGCAGCGACGAGCAGGAGCCUCCACUCAGCCUCUCCGAAAGCUUCUCCGAGGUCUCCGAGUACCAGUCUGACCAGCUCUAGUCUCUUCCAGCGUUCAGUCCUGCAUGUCAGCUGAAUGUAAUCUCUCUAGAAAGGCCUCCGGACGAGUACGUCUUUUGAAUGUGUAGAUAGGCUUUCGCAAAAGCAACAAAUUCACGAAAUGCACAAGGAUUUACUGUGACGUGUUCCACGUUUGUGUGUCAGAUGAGCGAAGCAACAAGGACACUUCCAAGGAGAACAUCUGAAUACAGGAACAGUUUUUGGCAAGAUAAUCUGUUAAGAAACAUUCGGUUUAUAUUCUGUUGUUGUCACUUCAAAUCCGUACGCUGUUAUUUUUUCUGUGGAAGAUCUAAGAGCUUCCGAAGAAGCUUUACACCGCGUACAGAUUUGGAAACUUCAUUUAAAGGGACAGUUCACCCAAAAAUUAAAAUUUGCUCAUCAUUUACUCACCCUC